AUGGCGGGUAAAGUCAUGGCUAAAACUGGUGGCUACAAUGGGAAUGGCCGAGACGUGGGUCCUACCGUCUUCCUUCCACCGCCGUCCCCUUCCCGUCAUCCCCUCCCCGCGCCUCCUCUUUGCCUCCCCCCUUCUCCCUCAUCGCCGCCUCCUUCCCGCCAUCCCCCUCCCCUCAUCCCCUCCCAGCCCCUCCUCAUUGCCUCCCUCUUUCCCCUCAUCGCCGCCUCCUUUCCGCCAUCCUCUCCCCGCGCCCCCCCAGCCAUCCGCACGAUGACGGGCCACAAGGCCGCGCCCGUCGCGCUCGACCUCUACUCCGCGGGCGGGCUGUGCGCGUCGCUCAGCCCCGCGGACGGCACUGCGCGCGUGUGGGACCCGCGCCAGAAGGAAGCUGCGCACGUCUUCCGCGGAAUGGGCGCGGGGGACGCGGGAGAGGGCGGCGGAGCUGUGGGAGGGGGAGGGGCGGAGGGGAGGGGAGCGGGAGCAGGGGGCGGGGCGGAAAGCGCGGGGGGGAAGGGCGGGAAAACUGUAGGGUGCGUGCGGUUCAGUCCGGACGGGCGGUGGGUGGUGGCAGGCGGGCAAGAUGGGCGCAUCAAGAGAGGCUCUCCACCUCCCCCUCCUUCCCUUCGCGCGCCUGUCCCUCCGCGCGUGCAGCUGUUCGUCCUGGCGCAGGGGCGGCUGUUCGCGGAACGACGUGCCUCCACUCUGUUCGACCUGGCGCAGGGGCGGCUGUUCGCGCAGCUGGCGGGGCACGCGGGCGCGGUGGCGGCGCUCGACUUCCAUCCGCAGGAGCUGCUGCUCGCGUCCGCCGCGCGCGACCGCACCGUGCGCUGGUGGGACCUCGAGUCGUUCGACUGCGUUGACUACGCGCCGCCCGGCGCGGGCGGAACCACCGCGCUCGCGUUUGCUCCGCAGGGAGACGCGCUCUUCGUGCCCUGUACUGACCACCUCAAGAGGGCGAGUGGAGGGGUGGGGAGGGGUGAGAGGGGCGACAGGGGGAGUGGUGCGUGGUGCAGCAGUGAAGGCGGCUGGUGGGGGAGGGAGGGCAAGGGGGGGCGAGGGGGUGUUGUGGCAGCGGUGGUGUUGGGUCGAGAUGGUGAUAAGGGUGUGAAGUAUGGAGGGUAUACCACAGGAGGAGAUACCAGCAUUGACGACGAGUGCACGAGUCAUAGACUGCCACGUGGCACCUCAGUAUCGCAUGGUGCAACCACCACCACUACCGCAGCUGCUGCCGGUCAUACUGCCUCUCAACGCGGCUCACGUAUGCACUCCCAGGCGUCUCCUUGCCACUCCCCUCCCUCCUCCUCCCCUUCCAACCCCAACGGUCACUCCCCUGCUCGCACUGCUCCUUCGUCUUCUGCCACUCCCGUUACAGUCACACCAGACGUGGUUUCAGCCAUGGCUUCACAGGGCAGCAGCAGCAUGGCAGGGGGCGGAGGGGGGGGUGCGCCCAGCAGCGUGGGCGGCGCGUGUGGGACAAGCGCUGCCGUGCAGUGUCUUGGAGUGGACGGCUGUGCCGCCUUGGUGCCGAUUCUGGGCGGCUUGCUGGCCAGUGCGCAGUCCAGCCGCGUGCACGCCGCCCUCCUGCUGCUCCGCGCACUGCUGCGCUGCUACAGUGACAGCAUAUCUGCCGCCCGCUCUGCCGUCCACUCGCCCGGCGUGGAUCUGCACAUGGAAAUGCGGCUGCAACGCUGUGCGGAGUGUGCUGAGGCCUUCCGCGCCCUCACCCCCCGCCUGCAAACGCUGCUGCACACCGGCCCCAAGGAGAAUUGCUCGCUUGCCACCCAAGUGCACAUGCUCACAUCCCGCCUCGCCUCUUGA